ACCCCACCACACAAGCCUUUGUCUCUCUCCCCUCUCCCCUUCCCUAUCUCACACUCUCUGAUUCUCUGCCUGCCGGGGCUUAUCUCUGGGCAUUUCUGUCCAGCUGGCUGUCCUUCCAUUUCCUUCUGUCUUUCCCAGAGCCUUUCCCUCCUCUCUAGCUGGCCCUCUUUGUCAAUUUCCUUUUCUCUCUUCCUCUUUUUUUUUUCCUUCUGUCACAGUCUCUGUCCUUCUCAUGGUUACUUCACCUCUUUGUGUCUCUGCUUCUCCCCAUCAGUUCCUCCGUGUGGCUUUUCCAGUGUCUCUCUCUCUCUCUGUGUGUCUCUGGCUUCUGCUCUGAUGGUCCCUCUGCCCGUCUCUAUUUUUAUCCCUCUGACACACCCCCUGCGUCCACCUCUCUGUCUGUCCGUCUCUCCCCCUCCCGCGUCUGCUCAGGACCCAGCUCCUGGUCCCAAUUAGUUGAUCGCCGCCAAGGCAGCGGCGGGCCCCCCACCCCCAGCUCCUCAUUACAGCCGGCGGCUCCUAAUGAGCCUGGGGGGAGGCUGACCCCACGCCCCCGGCCCCUGGUCUGCGUCACUGCCCGCUGCGGGGGCUGCGGGAGGGAUAUAAGGGGGCUGCCUGCUCGCUGCCCAAGUCCACUGCGCGGUAGGGGCCCUGGGACCUGGCUGCUGGGGGUGGGUAAACUCUGGGGCUCGGGGCCAGGCCACCGGCCUCACGGAGCCCUUCCCUGUCUCUCCGCAGGUGAUGGAGCCUCGCCAGGUGCCCCGGAGCUCCCGGGCGCGGCUCCUGCUGCUGCUCCUGCUGCUGGUCCCCUGGGGCGUGCGCACUGCCGCAGGCGUCGCCCUGCCCCCCGCCGGGGUCUUCAGCCUCCGCACCCCGGGCGGAACCUGGGCGGCCCGGGCCAGCCCCCCGUCGCGGCGGAGCCUGGCCCUGGCAGACGACGCGGCCUUCCGGGAGCGCGCGCGGAUGCUGGCCGCCCUGGAGCGCCGCCGCUGGCUGAACUCGUACAUGCACAAGCUGCUGGUGCUGGACGCGCGCUGAGCGCCCGCGGGCGUGUUAAUAAAGACCCUG